AAAAAAUUUCGGAUUAAUACUAAUGGAAGAAGUAUAAAAUUAUUAAAGCUUAGGAUUUGCAUUUUAAAAUAUAAAUGUAGGAAAUGCCAACAUCACCUCCUAACCCUUUGAUAUAAACAUCAAAUGAUGAACCAACAAAACUUUCUGUCACUUCAACUUCUGAAUCGAUUCCUCUUUAAACAUCAAACUAUGAUUUAAAUCGUGCAGCACAUCCAAAAGCCUGCAUUUUUACAUUUUUGUUUAAAGGACUCGCUUUAUUAUUUUAUUUCAUUUGCAAGGAUAGUAUUUGGUCAUUCAUUUUGGUGAUAAUUUUUUCGGCUUUCGAUUUUUGGACUGUUAAGAAUAUAACAGGAAGGUAUAUGAUUUAAUUUUAUUGAUAGAUUGCUAGUUGGUUUGAAAUGGGAGAAUGUAAUUUUAGAUGAUGGAACUUCGAAAUGGGAAUUUUAUUCUCUGUAAAAUAAAUAAGUAAAUGCUGUUGAUAAAACAUUCUUUUGGACUGCUUAAUUAGGAUUUACAUUAGCUUGGGCCUUUUUUACUUUUAUAAAUUUGCUCUCAUUUACAUUAAUGAAUGUAUAAAUAUGAUGAUAAAAUUAGUUUGUCAUAGAUAUAAUAGGACUUUCAUUAUGCUGGACAAAUCUGUUUGGAUAUUACAAAUGUAAUGGAGAUCAUAAAAAGAAAAUGAAAGAUUUAUAAGGGGACAUUACAAAUAAAGUAGUUACUUAAUUUGUUGGAUAAAUGAUGUCUAAAUGAAAAUAAUUAUAUUGUAUAAUUAUAAUAAUAUUUAUUUUGGAAAUGGAUACAUAUACAAUAAUAAUAAUAGCUUUGAUGUUGGGAUUCGGCUAUUUCAUUUAUAACGUGAUUGCUUGCCAUAUGAAAAAAUAAGAUUAUUCAGAAAUAGAUGAAGAAGAAGUAAACCAUUUAUGAAGUAUGCA